AUGAUUAAACAACAGCAACAACUUAAGGCGCAAAGCACCCAGGUCCUUCAGACCAUUACAUACGCCAUAUAUGCAUAUAAUUCAAAGACGGCAGAACAAACGCAAAGGUUGAAAUAUGGAGAUUUGGAGAUAGUAUUGAAAAAUGACCAUUUCGAAUUCGUUUGCAAGGGUGGUGCAGUGAUAUCAAAUAUAAAAGAAAUUUUAUUUAUGAAUUCAAAAAUUAAAGGAAUAACGGAUGAUAUAACAUCAAUUCCACCAGAAGAACAGAGAUAUUACGCAUUAAAUGCAUUUCCUAAAGUUUUGAAGAUUGGAAGAUUUAAUUUAAAUGAGGAAUUCAUAGAAGGUUUCCUAAACGACAUAAUGAAGAAGGCAGAUAAGGAAUAUGUGGAUGAAAAAGAUAAUGAAAUAUAUGAAAAAAUUAAAGAAAGGGUUGAAUGGUAUCAUGAAUGGACAUUGAAGACUUUUAAAUUUAAAGCUGAUACAGGGUGGGUUUCAGGAUGUUUAGAUCUUAAAGCAGAUAAAACUUAUGUUGAUAGUGAGUUAAAUAAGAAGGCAGAUAAAACUUAUGUUAACGAUGAGUUAAAUAAGAAGGCAGAUAAGGAAUAUGUUGAUAGUGAGUUAAAUAAGAAGGCAGAUAAGGAAUAUGUUGAUAGUGAGUUAAAUAAGAAGGCAGAUAAAACUUAUGUGGAUGAAAUACACCAAAGUUUGAUAGGAACAACAAAAAAUAUUGAAACUAUUGUUGGGGAUGUUUCUGUCUAUGAAGAAAACAAAUAUUUUAGAUGGGAGUUUGUACACUCCUUAAAAAAUGGUAUACGGUAUAAACUCAUUCCGAAAAAUAACAAUGAAAUGUAUGUAGGCUAUAUAAAGAAUAAUGGAACACAAGUUAAAGUUCCAUUAGACAACAACCGCUACUUAAACUUAUAUGGAGACGAACAAAAGAAAUAUUUAAGAGUUUAUGAAAUGGCAGGUAUGACGUUGGCUGACCCAGCUCCAGCACCAUAUUAUUAUGACUAUGGAGAUGACGACAGAACACCACGUGUAGAUGAACAAA